AAGUGUCAGCUUGACAUAGGACCGCUAAGCCUGGCAUGCACACAAGCACACACCCAAAAUCAUAGAUACACAACUCCAGAUAUACACUCAAACUACAACCUAAAGUCACUUUGGAAAAUAUCUAAAGAAGACAGAGGGACCAGACUUUGUGACAGCCCAGCAUCCCGAGGGCCUGAAGUGAAGCUGCUUUGUAACAUACUGACCAUACAGGGCUCUGGUCAUUGCCAGCAGGUGAAAACCCAUUCACUGAGAUUUUGCCAGCACACCGGAUUUAUGAUUUCUUCAGUGCGAUCUGUACAAAUUUAGACAAAAGGUGGGGGUGAACUGACGCUGUCUACAUCAAACCAUGGAUCCGGACGAUGACAAAAACUCUGUGGAUAUCCAUGACAACCCCCCAGCUCCUGACAAUGUAGUGAGGGAGGACGGAGACACUGUCUAUUUCAUAUAUGAGGAGGAAGUGGAGGUGGAGGAGAAGGAACCAGAAUCUCCUUCAGAGCCCAUCGUCCGGGUCAAUGACAAACCCCACAAAUUCAAGGACCACUACUGCAAGAAGCCCAAGUUUUGUGACGUCUGCGCUCGCAUGAUAGUCUUGAACAACAAAUUUUGCCUGAGAUGCAAAAACUGUAAGACCAACAUCCACCACUCAUGUCAGUCGUAUGUCGAGUUUCAGAGGUGUUUUGGCAAAAUUCCACCUGGAUUCAGAAGGGCCUACAGCUCCCCCCUGUACAGCAGUGACCAACCAGACCCAAACAACCCAAACCGGAACGACCCAGUUUUUGACACCCUGCGGGUUGGCGUCAUCAUGGCAAAUAAGGAGCGUAAGAAGAAUGAAAAUGAUAAGAAAAAUAUGAUGAUGAUGAUGGAAGAGGAGGAAGAGGAGAACCAACAGCCCAAAGAGAAUGAGGAGGGAGGAGAAGGGAAGCCUGAUGAUAAAAAAGAGAAAGGAGGAGACAAAGCAGAUGACAAGACUAAAGGCACUUUCUCCCAGUCCCACUAUUACCUGGCUCUCUACCGCUUCAAGGCCAUUGAGAAAGAUGACCUUGAUUUUCACCCUGGUGAUCGGAUCACAGUGUUGGAUGACUCCAAUGAAGAGUGGUGGAGGGGAAAGAUGGGAGAGAAGUCCGGCUACUUCCCCGCCAACUACCUCAUAAAAGUCCGAGCAUCAGAAAGAGUUUACAAGGUGACCCGCUCCUUUGUGGGGAACAGAGAGAUGGGACAAAUUACACUGAAGAAAGACCAGAUUGUGGUGAAGAAAGGAGAUGAGAAAGGCGGCUACUUGAAGGUCAGCACUGGACGCAAGCUGGGCUACUUCCCUGCUGAUCUGCUGCAGGAGAUCACUGUGACUUAAUCAACCUGAUAUGCAAUGGAAAAUCCAUUGCAUAAUAACGCAAAGUAUUAGCGAGAACUGGAGGUCCUGAUUUUCUACAUUUGCUACUAAUAGAAAAGCUAAAUAUAGCUGUGCCUUUGACAUAAUGGUUUGAAAGUCAUGUUCACUAAUGCCUGCAUUGAAGAGACAUUUAGCUGAUUUAUUGGCUUUGCUGUGAACGGUAUAGUUAUGCAAGUGUUCGAUUUAAUUUAAAGUUUGAUUUAAAGUUUGAAAAGAGCAAAAUUUGCUUUGAUUGGAUUUGUAAAUAAUUUCACAUGUAUGGCUCUGAAAACAGAAAAAAUCUGUGUAAGAAAACAUCAGUGCUAUACAUUAAAUUGUUUAGUGUGUUUGCACCAUUUAAUACAAUUAAGUGGGUGUAAUGCUUGUAGUGCCUAAAGAAUUAAACCGAAAAUGCUCUUAAAAA